GAAUGGCUCAUGAUGCCGAUGAACUUGGUCUUAAUUGAUAUUGAUAAUGCACAGUGCUCUGGAAGCAUAUUAAUACUUAACGCGUUUAUCAAGUAUUGGUCUGAAAUCCAAUACUAAUAACAGUGUGUUUAAAAUGGGAACGUGAUCUAAUGAGACUGAUAUCAACAUGGCCAAAACGUUUGACUUCCAGUGGCGUAUACCCGUGCCUGAUAGACUACAGAAGGGGGAUGUGUUUGACAGAUGGGACGAGGAGAGUUCAACUCUAGAAACCUCAUGUGUGGUAAAAGUGGACGAGUAUGGUUUCUUUAUAUACUGGAAAAGUGAUGGAAAGGAAGGUCAGGCGAAGGAAAUCUCUCAGGUGAACGAUAUCCGCUUAGGAUUGCCACCAAAGAUUUCUGAUCCGAAAGUGGUGAUUGACCUUGAACAGAAAGGCACAGGGGGUCUUGAAGCUCGGACUGUGACUAUCUGCAGUGGUCUGGACUUUGUGAACAUCAACUAUACACCAAUGAUCGCUAGAGACCCUGAGGUGGCCAAGGCCUGGUUCCAGGGACUACGACAACUGACUCCCAACACUAAAGCAAACAACAUUUGUCCCAUGACAUCACUCAAGAAACAAUGGUUGAAACUCUGUUUCAUGGUAAAUCCAAGUGGGAAAAUUCCUGUCCGAAGCAUAACAAGAGUGUUUGCAUCAGGAAGGACAGAAAAGAUGGUGAUGCAAUCUUUAAAGGACCUAGGUCUUCCAGGAGGAAAGUCUGAAGAGAUUGAGGUUGCGUCCUUCACAUUUGAAAAGUUCUACAACCUGUACCAUAAGAUCUGUCCUCGAACAGACAUUGAAGACCUUUUCAAAGAAUGGAGUCACAACCGGGCAUAUUUGAGCGCUGAAACUCUGAUCAACUUUCUCAAUGAAAAACAAAGGGAUCCAAGACUCAACGAGAUCCUGUUCCCAGAAUAUGACAGAAAGAGUGUGUUGAAAAUCAUACAGGCGUAUGAAACUGAUGAGGACUUCAGGGCCAAACACUGGUUGGGCUUGGAUGGUUUCUGUCGCUAUCUGAUGUCUGACGACAAUGCCCCGGUGUUUCUAGACCGCCUGGAUAUCUACCAGGACAUGGACCAGCCGCUAUCGCACUACUACAUCAACUCCUCCCACAAUACCUACCUCACUAGUAGGCAGUUCGGCGGUAGGUCUUCUGUAGAGAUGUACAGACAGGUGCUGCUCGCUGGGUGCAGAUGUGUAGAGCUGGACUGCUGGGAUGGUCGCAAUGAAGAUCAGGAGCCAAUCAUCACCCACGGCAAGGCCAUGUGUACCGAUAUUCUGUUCAAGGAUGUUAUCAUGGCUAUUCAAGAAACAGCAUUUGUGUCAUCAGAGUACCCAGUCAUCCUUUCAUUUGAAAACCAUUGCAGCAAGUACCAGCAAUAUAAAAUGUCGCGAUACUGUGAGGAAAUAUUGGGUGAUUAUCUCCUUAAGUCACCGGCUCCUGAUCAUCCUCUUGAACCAGGAGUCCCACUGCCUUCUCCUAUAGAAUUGAAGAAGAAAAUACUCAUAAAAAACAAGCGACUGAAACCAGAAGUUGAGAAGCGUCAGAUGGAGCUCUUCUUGCAAGGUCGGGACGCCAUCAAUGAUGACCUCCCAGGAGAGGACCCUGAGGUAGUUGCUGAGUCAAUAGACGGCGAGGCUGGACCCUUGAAUGAAGACGAUAGCAGUAGUUCCAGCUCCGAUUCUCCAAUAAGUGAACUGUCACCAAGCAAACCUGACAGAGACAGGGACAUCUGUCCCACCAAGGCCAGUACGGACACUGACCCACACCCGGAGUUCAUGAUGGUGAAAACACCCGACUCCAUCGAGGAGGAUGACUUCAGUGUCAAGCCCAAGGGCAAUCUAACUGCUGACGAGGUGGCUGCCCUGAUGUCCAACUACCACUACACAGGGGCCACCACCAAUAUCCACCCCGCCCUCUCCGCUCUGGUCAACUACGCGCAGCCAGUCAAGUUCCAGGGAUUUGACGUAGCAGAAGCACGGAAAAUUGCCUACCACAUGUCGUCUUUCAACGAGCGCAGUGCCUUGGGCCUCAUAGCCAACUCCUGCACUGAGCUUGUCCAUUAUAACAAACGUCAGAUGAGCAGGAUCUACCCAAAGGGAGGCCGGGUGGACUCCAGCAACUAUAUGCCACAGAUAUUCUGGAAUGCAGGCUGCCAGAUGGUGGCCUUGAACUUCCAGACCCCUGAUCUGGCUAUGCAGCUUAAUCAGGGAAAGUUUGAAUACAAUGGCAAUUGUGGGUAUUUAUUGAAACCGGACUUCAUGAGGCGACCUGACCGUGAGUUUGACCCGUUCUCUGAGAGUCCGAUAUCUGGUGUGAUUGCAGCAUGCUGCACAGUUCAGGUUUUAUCAGGCCAGUUUGUUUCGGACAAGAAGAUCGGGACCUAUGUGGAAGUGGACAUGUAUGGUCUACCCACUGACACGAUACGCAAAGAGUUUCGAACUAAAGUUGUUCCAGCCAAUGGGCUGAAUCCUGUGUACAAUGCUGAAGAGUUUGUUUUCAGAAAGGUGGUGUUGCCAGACCUGGCAGUUCUACGCAUCGCCGUGUUUGAGGAGACAGGCCGGAUGAUUGGUCAGCGCAUAUUACCUCUGGACGGCCUACAGGCGGGGUACAGGCACAUACCUCUGAGAACAGACUGCAAUUUCCCGCUGUCUUUACCGACCGUGUUCUGUUGUAUAAGUCUCAAAACCUAUGUUCCAGAAGAAUUCCAAGACAUCGUCUCAUCUCUGUUUAAACCGCAACUACAGCCAACCAAUCAGAUCGUUAAGAUGGGGAUUGAUGAGAAGGAUAUUGGGGAAAUCCCCCUCGUUGCUAAGCGGCAUUCAUCAAGUAACGGCUCCAAGGCCUACGCUCUGUCUCAAAAUAGCACAGAUGGAAGUCGUAUGAAAAAAGAUGACGAUUCAUUUUUCGAAGCAAUACAUCGUGAUACUCUCAAAUGUGAUAAGGCGUUCCAAAAGCUGCUGAAGAAGCAGACCAAGGACCUGGAGGCAAACAAGAAAAGGCACCAGAAGGAGCGACAGAACAUGCAGCGGCAACACUGUCUCGUUGUCGACAAACUGCUGGCUGUUCAGGACAAAGAAAAGAUAGCCACCGGGAAAAUUGUGGAGAAGAUAAACAAGAAUAAAACUUUUGAGGAUGGUUCUGGCGGGGAGCACUGUAAAAUGAAGACUCUGACCCUGGACCACAGGGAUAAAGUGCACCAGCUGGUGGUGGAGCAGACAAAGGAGUGGUCCGAGAUGGUGCUGUGUCAGCUGACAGAGGAACACGACGCGCGGCGCGAGCACAUCGUGCAGCAGGACCGCUGCCUCAUGAAACUGCUCCAGGAGGCACAGGCUGCGCAACAGAAGGAGCUAGAAAUUAAACAGGAAAAAGAAAACAAGGAGCUGAGGGCCAGUCAGGCGAAGCAGUCGGUGGAGUCCAGCAAGUCUGUGAUGAAUGAUAAGGCCAUCAAGAACAAGGCUGAACGGGAGAGGCGAUUCAGAGAAAUAAAUGAAAACAACAUGAAGAAAUUCAUCGAUGAACGUAGGCGAUUACUGGUCAAGCAUUCAAAGAAAAUGGAGCAGCUGAAAAAAUUUCAUCAAGAGCAGCUAGACAAAUUUGCUAAAGAAACAGCUAAGGAACUAGACGUUGCUGAAAUGGUUCGAACAGAGGCCAUUCUUGCCACAAAACCAGAGACUGAUUGUUAGAUCUAGUGUACUUAGGGUUGACAACAACAGUUUUUAUUUGCAGAGAUUGCAUUUUUUUAAGGAAUCUAUUUUUCAUAGAUUGCAUAUUUGAAGAGUUUUUUUAGCUCACUUGAGCACAAUAUGCUCAUGGUGAGCUUUUGUAUCGCCUUUUGUCCGUCAUGCGGCAUCAACAUAUGCCUUGUUAACACUCUAUAGGCCACAUUUAUUGUCCAAUCUUCAUGAAAGUACAUCAGAAGAUUUGUGGUAAUGAUAUCUUGGACAAGUUCAAAAACGGUUCUGGUUGGUUGAAAAACAUGGCCGCCAGGGGUAGGGCUUUUUUUCUUAUAUGGCUAUAGUAAAACCUUGUUAACACUCUAAAAGUCACAUUUAUAGUCCAGUCUUUAUUGAUCUUUAGUCAGAACAUUUUUUGUGAUGAUAUCUUGGAAAAGUUUGAAAAUGGUUUCAGUCUGUUGAAAAGCAUGGCUGCCAGGGGGAGGGGCAUUUUUCCUUACAUGGCUAUUGUAAAACCUCGUUAACACUCUUAAGGUAACAUUUAUAGUUCAAUCUUCAUGAAACUUGGUCAGAACAUGUGUUCAAAUGUUAUCUUAGGCUGCACAGAACAGGUCAGUAAACAAACGUUCAAACUACCAGUAGAUAUAUACAUAUAUUUAUUUUGAGUGUUGCCGUACCAUCACUGUCCAGUUUUUAGCUCACCCUUUAUGACAUGCUCAUGGUGAGCUUUCUUGGUCAGCUUUUCUCCGUUGUUUGUGGUGUGCCAUCAUCAUUAGCCUUGAAAACAAUCUAGAGGCAACACAUUUUUGGCUCAAUUAUCAUAUAACUUGCUCAGAACAUUUUGAAAUAAUAUUUUGUCUAGUUCAGGUCCGUUGCAAAACAAAGAGGACGGGUCAGUCUUAUGUAACUGAAUUGAAACAUUUGGAAUGAGCAAUAAAUAAUAUUUUUUUCCCAAUCUUGUAGUUUUUCUCAGAGCAUGUAUUCUUAUGUAUUCAAAAAUUCUGGUUGCUAUGGCAACAAAUAAAAAUAUAUAUAUAUAUUUCUGACAAUGGUGGAGCUGGUAGGGGACUUAUAUUGCUUGACAAUAGUCUUGUUUAUUCAAGAGUUUGACAAUGGUGUGUACAAAUACCUAGCCGAAAUACAAUGCAGUUCUUCUGGUAUGACAAUGGUGUGUACAAAUACCUAGCCAAGAUACAAUGCAGUUCCUCUGGUGUACAAAUACCUAGCCAAGAUACAAUGCAGUUCUUCUGGUGAACAAAUACCUAGCCAAGAUACAAUGCAGUUCUUCUGGUGUACAAAUACCUAGCCAAGAUACAAUGCAGUUCUUCUGGUGAACAAAUACCUAGCCAAGAUACAAUGCAGUUCUUCUGGUGUACAAAUACCUAGCCAAGAUACAAUGCAGUUCUUUUGGUGUACAAAUACCUAGCCAAGAUACAAUGCAGUUCUUCUGGUUUACAAAUACCUAGCCAAGAUACAAUGCAGUUCUUCUGGUGUCCGAAUACCUAGCCAAGAUACAAUGCAGUUCUUCUGGUGAACAAAUACCUAGCCAAGAUACAAUGCAGUUCUUCUGGUGUACAAAUACCUAGCCAAGAUACAAUGCAGUUCUUCUGGUGAACAAAUACCUAGCCAAGAUACAAUGCAGUUCUUCUGGUGUACAAAUACCUAGCCAAGAUACAAUGCAGUUCUUUUGGUGUACAAAUACCUAGCCAAGAUACAAUGCAGUUCUUCUGGUUUACAAAUACCUAGCCAAGAUACAAUGCAGUUCUUCUGGUUUACAAAUACCUAGCCAAGAUACAAUGCAGUUCUUCUGGUGUCCGAAUACCUAGCCAAGAUACAAUGCAGUUCUUCUGGUGUACAAAUACCUAGCCAAGAUACAAUGCAGUUCUUCUGGUAUGACAUUUUGAAAAACAAUAUGAGUACCAGACUCUUAUUUAAAGGUUCCAAAAAGGUCAACCACUGACCAUCUGCUUGCAUAAGGUUCCAACUUGGUCAGAACAUAUGUUCCCAUAAUGUCUCAGCCCUCAUAAAGUCUUUGUCAUAACACGUUGAAAGCUAAGUACGAAGUUACAUUUCUUAUGCAUACAUGAAAAAAACACAUAAAAUCUGUAAAUCUUCGUUUGGUCUCUGGUGAGCGCACUCUUGUAGUACAUUUCUUUUCAACAAAGGACAUUUAUUUAUAUUGAUUUUCUAAACUACAAGUCAGUGUGAUUUCUGUCAGACUUGUCAUCAGCAAUGUUGUAUUUGAAAUCCAUAUUUUGUAUUGUUAAUUAAAAAAUAUGUGAAGAUGUGGCGAUGUAAUACCUUUAGCUAAAGACAAGGUUCCACAUGUUCUAUAUUAGCUCUAAAAGAAGGGUGGCCGUCAUAAUAACUCUUCCUGCUGUUAUGAUAGUGAAUGUUCUGGUUGUUAUCAUGCUAUGAUGUAGACCUAGAAGCUUGAUUGGUCAUUGUCGACUCGGGUACUACUUAAAUAUACCCUGGUACGGAAAAUAUACUUUAAUAUUCCCGGGCAUUCUAACACUGAUUUGGUCUUGGUCAGUUAAUUUUUUCAAAUAAAUUAUGUUUAUAUUUAUGUCAAUAUCUUGUAAAAAUGGCCUCUUUAUUGUCCAAACUCAUACUCAAAAAGGCAUAUUGAGGCAGGUUUUGUUCAAAGAGAACUAGUUUUAAUAUUCUGUAAUCACUAAAUGGUCUAAAUACAUGUAACAACAUGGGGAUUUGGGUAUUCAACACAAUGAUGACAUGUUUUGGGGUUCGUAAUGUUUUAGACUUUUGUCACACAUUUCUAUAAAAAAUAUCUGUUUGUGAUUAAUCAAAACUAUGUGCGUUGUGACAAAGGCAUUAUUAUGACAACGUUUUUCAAGUAUAUUUUACAACUUUAGAUCUGAUACAUAUUUGUUGUCUCAUCAUUUCACCAUAACCAUAUUGAUAAAUUGCUGUGAAUUGUUGGAAGUAUUGUAUGUGUGUCUAACAUUUUAGACCAGUAUUUAUACCCCCAUUACCAUUGGUAAUGGGGGCUAUAUAGGAGUCACUUUGUCGGUCGGUCUGUCUGUUGGUCUGUCCCAAAACUUCAUCCGAUCUUCACCAAACUUGGUCACAAGUUGUAUCUAGAUGAUGUCUAGGUCAAGCUUGAAUAUGGGCCAUGCCGGGUCAAAAGCUAGGUCACGGGGUCACUCAGUGUGUUUAAACAGAAAGUUUGUCUGGACCAAAACUUUGUCAUUUAUCGUUAAAUUUAAAAAUUACUUGGUACAUUUAUUCACCGUCAUGGGACGGUGUGUCGUGUGAAAAAAGUACGUCAAUAUCUCCAAGGUCAAGGUCACACUAAGUCUUGGAUUUCAAAGGUCAAAUGCUUGUCUGGGCCAUAACUUUAUCAUUUAAUGUGAGAUUUUAAAAUCAUUUGGCAAAUUUGUUCACCAUCAUUGGACGGUGUGUCGUGCAACAAAAUUACAUUGAUAUCUCCAAGGUCAAGGUCGCACUUUGAGUUUAAAGGUAAAAAAUGAGCUUUUCCGAGCAAUAACUAUGUUGUUCUUUGUGAGAUUUUAAAAUCAUUUGGCACAUUUGUUCACCAUCAUUGGACGGUGUGUUGCGUGAAAGAAUUACGUCGAUAUCUCCAAGGUCUAGGUCACACUUUAAGUUCAAAGUAAAAAAAUGGCCAUAAAUGAGCUUGUCCGGGCCAUAACUAUGUCGUUCAUUGUGAGAUUUAAAAAUCAUUUGGCGCAUUUUUUCACCAUCAUUGGACGGUGUGUUGAGCGGAAGAAUAACGUCAAUACCUCCAAGGUCAAGGUCACACUUUGAGUUCAAAGGUCAAAGAUGGCCAUAAAUGAGCUUGUCCGGGCCAUAACUAUGUCAUUCAUUGUGAGAUUUUAAAAUCAUGUGGCACAUUGGUUCACCAUUAUUGGACAGUGUGUCUCGCGAAAGAAUAUUGUCAAUAUCUCCAAGGUCAAGGUCACACUGAGUUCAAAGGUAAAAAUGGCCUUAAAUGAGGUUGGUCGGGCCAUAGCUAUGUUGUUUAUUGUGAGAUUUUAAAUUCAUUUGGCAUAUUUGUUCACCAUAAUUGGAUGGUGUGAUGCGCGAAAGAAUUAUGUUGAUAUCUGCAACGUCAAGGUCACACUGUGAGUUCAAAGGUCAAAAAUGGUCAUAAAUGAUCUUGUCCAAGCCAUAACUAUGUCAUUCAUACAAGAUUUUAAAAUGACUCUGUACAUUAAUUGUGUUCACAGUCAUUGGAUGGCAUGUCAUGCAAAAGAAUUCAAGAUUUCAAAGGUUGCAAUGGCCAUUAAUGAUAAUGGCAUAAUAAUUUUUUUAAAUUGCCAUAAAUUAGAUUCUCUUGUUUUGUGAAGACAGCAUGCAAAAUAGUCUGUGUCAAUGCGGCAGGUAUACGUCAUGUCUGUGACAAAGCUCUAGUUUUAAGAUGUUUUUUACUAGUCAUUUACAAAAUAAAUUUGUCUUUUAUCAUGGUUUAUUUUAGCAUUUUAAAUGUCCUAUGAAUGCAAUUUAUGUAAAUUACUUAUAUUACGUGCAAUAUAUGUUAUUACAUGUAUAAUGUUUACCAUACUAUUUAUUUAAUGUGAUUUUUAUAUAUUAGUUCAUCCAUCUUCUCUCUUUUUGUCAUGAUUAGUGUUUAUGUGCCAAACAUGCACUGAGUACAAUGUUCACGUCAACUUGUUGUAGACUAUGUCUUUAAAAGUGUGUGUUCUUUUUGCACAUAAUUGAUUUGUAUUAAUCCAGAAGGGAUUUAAAUGGAAGCAGAAUCCUGCAUUUGGAUGCAAGCAUUUGGCAAUUUUCUCUUUUUCUCCUGCAAAUUUUCUGUCUAGCAUCAUUUUGAUGCAAAUUUUACCUAGAAUGCUUACUUCAAAAUAUAUUUAAGCCACACUUCGCAUCAUGGAGCUUAAUGCAUAUGCGGAAAGAAUCAUCCCAAAUAAGCCUGUGCAGUCUGCACAGGCUAAUCAGGGAUGGCACUUUUCGCCUAAACUGGAUUUUUGCUAAGAAAAGACUUUCUAAAUUAAAAAUACCAUAAGGGCGGAAAGUGACAUCCCUGAUUAGCCUGUGCACACUGCACAGGCUAAUCUGUGACAACACUUUCUGCACAUGCAUGAAACCCCUUUUUUUAAAGAGCACGGCCCAAUUAUAUUAAGGAAAAGAUGUAUCCAUGAUGGUGCUUACAAUUAGAAAAGUACACAAAUAAGCAAACCAAUUGUGUUAUGAAUAAAUUUUGUUUUAAAGUAAUAUCCAAUUUUGUAUUUCAAUAACUAUAUUUUCUGUAUUUGUUUUAACAAUCUGCAUAAUAUGCAUUACAUAGUGCAAUCAUGUUUUAGGACUGCUUUAAAUGGAAGUCUCACCAUCUGAUUUGCCAUCCAUGUUUGAUAUUUUUCAAACUUUGUCUUUCUUGUAAAGGUCAAGGUAACGUGUCCACUUUGUUUAUGAUAAAGAUUUGGAUUAUCAGGAUACUAGAAAAUGCAUGUGUAAAAGAAGAGUUCUUACUGCACUUAGUUUUACAAAUCACUCCAGGUUGGUUUAGUAUUGAGCGUAAAAAAAUCUAAUUGAUCUUUGAGCAUGAUUUGUGCCAGUUUAAACAUGAAUGUAUGUCAACUCGGGUUUUAGUACUGUUACACACUAAUACAAUAAAAGUGAUUUUUGAAAUCAAAUUACUGACCUGAACCGGUUCGUAAACACAACAUAGGAAAGAGGAAUUGUUUUUGAACACAACAUUUUGAGCUAAAUUUUAUUUAAAUGUCAAGAUAUGUUGCUAAAUGGGGUUUUAAACACAAAAUAUGGAGCUCAAAUAGUUUCUAAACUUAAGUAAAACAUAACUGGUGUAAGUUGCUAGUAUUAAUAUUUAAAUGUUCUAUUUGUUUAAAGGAUAGUUUCAAAGCUGUGUGAUGUCGUAUAAGUUAUUAACAUACUUUGUUUUUUGCUUCUCUUGUGAGCAGUAAUGCUAUUUCCCACUUUAGUGCGUUCCCACUGCUGUGUGGUUCACUACAAGCAGCCAUUGGCCACACGUUUUUCUGAGAUUCCAGGCUUGGAUUCCAUGUUAUGCGUAUCCAAACAUUAUGACGGGCUGCUUUUCACUCAGUUGCAAUCUACACGAUUUGACAAAUGCAGAUGCAACAAUAUGUUAAGAUCUAAUCUCCAAUUUAGAUGCAAGUAUAUGCCAUCUGUUGGGAUCGUUUCAAAUUAGUAUUUGGACUCGGGGGUGACCAUUCUGACAUUAUCACUAUUUUUUUCCCCAAAUCAGUACGUUGCAACAGGUGAUGCUUCAAGUUAAUCAAGCAUCAAUGUGCUGUGUGAGGAUAGUAUACAGAUGUGUUUGCGAUAUCUUUCUCGAUUUAAAUGCUGGUAUUCAUUAUAAGAGCCAUGGCUGAACCCAAAUGAUAUAAAUACAACCCAAUUGAUUCUUUAGAUCGCAACAUAUUUUACCAAAUCAUGAUACAUUGUGGUGCACAAGAUGAACUUCAUAACCACUAUACAGAUGUCCGAAUAAUUAUAUUUGUUGCACUUUGUUAUGAAACAAAAACAUGGUUUGAUAGGAUGAUCACAAUAUAAGGUCAGAUUUAAGCUAAUGGGAUGAAUUCUUUGAAACACUAAAAAAAAUCCACGUUUAACAAGUUUGACAAGAUUUAGUUCAAGGUCUUAUGGAAUCAGCAAGAUGUCUCCAUGAUUAACCCUUUGCAUGCUGGGAAAUUUGUCGUCUGCUAAAAUAUCAUCGGCUGAAUUUCUAAAAUUAGGAUUUUCUUCGAUUUUUAUUCAAAUAAUACUAUCAGAAUAGCAAACAGUUUGGAUCCUGACGAGAGGCCAAGUUCUGGAUCCAAACUGUUUGGAAAGGCCUUUAAAAUUCGGUUCCAGCGCUGAAAGGGUUAAGACCAUGAUUUUUAAUCGUCUAGCCAUUCAAGAAAGUUAAACUAAGCAUAUCCAUAAUAGUUUAGAGACAUUUUCUUGCAUCAUGUUUUAAGCAUUCGAAGCUUUAAUUAUAUAGCGAGUAUCUGGCAAGUAUAUAUUUUUAGAGUAGUUCUUACUGAUCAUUGUUAAGAUUUGUUAUUUGUCUAAUUGUCCUGUUUCAUUUGUCAUCGAGUGUCUAAAUAAAUUUUUGAAUUUA